AAAGAAAAGUAAAAACCAACUUGAGGGAGGAGGAGAAGACGCUGCUGCACAAAUCGAGGAACGUUCUCACACAAGUUUGGAAGAAAACGGUUUCAGAGAGAAUUCAGGUGUUUGUGGAGAUGGAGAGCGUGCGAGCCGUCGUCUACCUGUCCGUCUGUCUGACCGUCAUGACAUCGGUGUGUCAAAGUCAAAGGUCGUCUGAAAACCAGCAGCUUUCCGAGCCGGCUCUGGGACUCACGACCAACGAGCUGGCUGAAGCUCUGCAGGGUCUCCUGGACGAAGCUGACAGCAACGUCGGCCUCUCCGUGGAGAAGAAAGCCAGCGUCAUCCCACGGUGUGACGUAGGCGAGCGCUGCGCCAUGAAACACGGGCCUCGCAUCGGGCGUCUCUGCGACUGCCUGCGCGGAACCGCCUGCAACACCUUCUUCCUGCGCUGCUACUGAACUCCACGGCCACGACCUCCACACUGACCGUUAGACAAACCACCGACAGAGGCCGACGCUGCAUAUCUCACCGCGUCUCUGCAUGUUUGUGUCUUUGUUUCAAAGUUUCUCUCUCCGCCUUCCAGAAACAUUUAUUUUUGUUAAUAAAGUUUCUUCAUAAAGCUUCACAACUCCAGUUAUUGUACGAGAAAAAUGCAUCUGAAGACGGACUUACAUUUGCAGAUCUUUAUCUUUCAGAUUUGAUGAAUAAACCUUAAAAAUAUGAUAAAUUACAGUGAGUUUUGUUUACAGCAGUUACCCUUUAAAGAUCCUGACCACUGCAGACUUGUUUUAUCAAUAAAAAAUUUUUUUUUUGGUGCCAAAAACCAUUUUACUAAUUUUGAGGAACUUAAGCUCUUUUAUUGACAUUUUUUACUAAUUAAAUAGAUUUUGUUUAAUCAUGUGAAGGUUAGUUUGCAAUUUGUUAGCAUAUGCAAACACCUGCAUAUUAAAAUAAUAUCAUAUUCAGCUAUUUGCAGUUUUUGUUUUGUUUCUGCAGGUCAACUAAGGUUUAUUAGCUUAUUUAUCUCAAUCCAGAUCUAAAGACCGUUUAUCGUUUUCAGUCUGUCGUGUAUUUCUGAGGUCUGAUUUAGUUCUUUUCUGUACGUUGUUUCAGUUCUAGAAUAAAUGUGUUGAAUUCA